AUGUCGGACAAGCUCACUCGUAUCGCCAUUGUCAACACUGACAAAGUUCUCGGUCUUGUCGGAACCAACGGUAUUGGUAAAAGUACCGCGCUGAAGAUUCUCAGCGGAAAGCUUAAGCCCAACUUGGGUCGCCACGACAACCCUCCUGACUGGGAGGAUGUGAUUAAGCACUUCCGAGGCUCUGAGCUGCAGAACUACUUCACCAAGCUCCUUGAGGACGAUCUCAAGGCUGUCGUCAAGCCCCAGUAUGUCGAUCAAAUCCCCAAGGCUGUUCGUGGCCCGGAGAAGAGCGUUCGUCAUCUUCUCGGGAGCCGCGCCACCCUUGGAAACACUGAGGAAGUGACCAGGAUUCUGGAGCUGAACCACAUCAUGGACCGAGACAUCACUCUGCUGUCUGGUGGUGAACUUCAGCGUUUUGCCAUUGGCACGGUUUGCGUCCAGAAGGCCGACGUCUACAUGUUUGACGAGCCAUCCUCUUAUCUCGAUGUCAAGCAGCGUCUGAGUGCGGCCAAGAUGAUUCGUUCACUCGUCCGCGACGAUGACUAUGUCAUCGUCGUCGAGCACGAUUUGUCUACUCUCGACUAUCUCUCCGAUUAUGUCUGCGUUCUCUACGGAAAGCCGGCCAUCUAUGGUGUCGUCACUAUGCCUUACUCCGUCCGUGAAGGUAUCAAUAUCUUUUUGGAUGGCCACAUUCCUACUGAAAACUUGCGAUUCCGUGAGGAGUCUCUUACUUUCCGUCUUGCCGAGGCUACCGAUGACUUCGCCAUCGACAGAUCGCGUGCCUUUGCCUACCCCAAGAUUGAGAAGACUCUUGGCAACUUCAGACUUCGUGUCGAUGCCGGAGAAUUCACCGACUCUGAGAUUAUCGUCAUGAUGGGAGAGAACGGAACUGGCAAGACCACCUUCUGCCGUCUUCUCGCUGGUGCCAUCAAGCCAGACAGCAAGAGCUCUGUCCCAGACAUGAGAAUCAGCAUGAAGCCCCAGACCAUUACUCCCAAGUUUGAGGGCACUGUUCGCCAGCUGUUCUUCAAGAAGAUCAAGCAGGCCUUCCUGUCUCCUCAGUUCCAGACUGACGUCGUCAAGCCCCUGAAGCUCGAUGACUUUAUUGACCAGGAAGUCAAGAACCUGUCUGGUGGUGAAUUGCAGCGUGUUGCCAUUAUUCUUGCUCUUGGUAUGCCUGCGGAUAUUUACCUCCUUGACGAGCCCUCUGCCUACCUCGACUCUGAGCAGCGUAUCAUUGCUUCCCGAGUCAUUAAGCGUUUCAUCAUGCACUCCAAGAAGACGGCUUUCGUCGUUGAGCACGAUUUCACCAUGGCCACAUAUCUUGCCGAUCGCGUCAUUGUCUUUGACGGCCAGCCCGGUAUUGAUGCCCACGCUAACACGCCCGAGUCGCUCCUCACCGGCUGCAACACUUUCUUGAGGAACCUGGAUGUCACAUUCCGUCGUGACCCAACCAACUACCGUCCCCGUAUCAACAAGUACGGCUCACAGCUGGACCAGGAACAGAAGUUGGGCGGCAACUACUUCUUCUUGGAGGAGAAGCCCGAGGAAAGUGCUUGAAAAGGGCAACCAUGAUGAGAACUACAGACCCGACUACCAUGAUGCAUCUCCAGACGUUUGUAGUAUCCAUGUUUCUACUUCGUUCGUAAAUGGCGGAGGUGGGCGUGAUCAUGAAUCUGGGCUACGAACAGACGGCGUCAGCGAGGAUGACGACCCAGAUGAAUAACAAUGGCGACGGCAGUCUACCCCCUGUUGUCUGGUCCUGCGGAAAUGUAGUAAAAUUGAAAGCAGUGUUUUUGUGGUAACAUUUUACCACAUCAAUGCUGCUGACCCGGAGCGCAUCCGCAGAUAGAGGGACAAUGGAUCAAGCGUGGUGACUGCCGUCAGUUUCCUACCUCGCGGGAAACUUUUUUUUAUUUAAACAGUUAUAUGCCGAUAGUUACAGAAUAAAAGAAAUUGAUUUGGAUCGUUGAUG